AUGUCUGUGCUUGAGGAAGUAAUAAGCAUGCAGAAAAACUUCAUCGAAAAGCUGCGAGCCGAGUUCUUUCGCCGAAAGCCGCCUUCAGUCGAAGCCGCUCGGAACCGAGAACCGGAGUGUGUUUCUGACUAUUUAUGGAAUAAAGUUUUGAUCGAUAAUGACUCGAUCAUCACUGAAACUUCAGUAGUAGCGAUCAUGGCUGACCUUGUUUUCACUGGCCAAGAAACUGUAACUAACAAUUUAUGUUGGCUUUUACUAGUUAUGAUUCAUUAUCCAGAAGUCCAAGAAAAGAUUUUCCAGGAGCUGUCAUCAAAAACCGACAUAAAUCAUCCCCUAGUCUCGUUCUGUACUCCAGGCGAUUGCCAUUAUACGUUGGCAACAAUUUCUGAAACCAUGCGCAUGUACCGUCGUAUAUUCGACUCUGGAUCACACGGCUUGGAAGACGUCGACAAUUUGCAUGGGUUCCGGAUACCGAAAGGUUCUAGACUCUUUGGAAACAUUGAUAUAGAAAACUUUAGUCUAGAAAACUUUUUGAACGAGAAAGGGGAGUACCAGAAGCAUCCAUGCUUGAUUCCAUUUGGUUCAGGCCCUCGUUCAUGCAUCGCAGAAAAUAUGGCUCGAAUGGAAGUUUUCGUUUCCUUUGCGUCUAUCGUUCGGAAGUUCAAAGUUGAGGCUGUCGGGGAUGGAAAACCCUCGCUGAGCAAAGGAUCUGUGGAAGUAGAGAUCAAAGACUGCCAAGAUGCUGUGAGUAGUUACAUUUUCCACAACGUGCUGUUUGUGCCGAUCUACAGGGUGAACUUGCCGCUUGAUGAGUGA